AAAUUAUUAACUGCGGACUAGAUUUUCCUGUUAUGCAGACAACUUUGGUUUGUUUCUGAUAUCUCAGUUAUUUUCCUUGUCGAGUGCUUCGUUAUGGGCGGGUGGAAAUUAGAAGUUUUCAAGAUGGGAGUGUAUAUGUCUUUUCCAGUCACUCUCUUCUACUAUUUUAAUCAACCAGCAUUUUUCCAGAGCUGGAUGAUAGAAAAAAGGAACCAGAUUUUUCCACCAGAAGAAGCAAAUGCUAAACAGAAAAUAAAUAGGACAAUAGAAUAUCUGGAAAAAAGAGAGGAAGAACGAAAAACACAAAUUACAAAAGCUGCUUAAAGAAUUGUUUUUGUUUAUUUUUGUCACUUGUUUUGAGAAACUGCUGACAUUUAAUGGAUGUUUUAAUAUUGAUUUAAAGUGUUCAUACAUUUUCUCACUUUGAUGUGUGGGUAGUGAGAGGGAGUGCUGAGUGACAGGCAUCAACUCACAAGAGGUCAUGACAUUGUUAGUGUUUGUAGGACAAUGUCAGUGUGUUUGUAAGAUAUGUACUAUAUCAAUAAAUCAAACAGAAAUUGUCA